AUCUUGCCGGUGCACAACUUCGUCUGCCUAUUUUCCUCUCAGCGCAGCUCGCGGCAUCCCUUCGCCACCAGUUUGCCGCCUACAAAUGCGGCUCAUCGUCUUAUUGAAACUACUAUGACGAUAAAUGCACUGCACUGCUUGCCUGGAACGUUUGAAGUCCACCUCACCGCUUUUUGCUCCUUCGUUUCUUAACCUCUGACAUGCCCUCUGCAUGCUUCUUCGCUCGUCUACUCCCGUCUUUAUUUGCUUUCGCCCUCAGCGUUACCGAAUCUCUCCAGGCCAAUAAUGGUGAAUCUCCAUGUAAUGAAUGGGGACGCUGUGCCCAGACAUGCGUCCAGAAUUGGAAAAAUCGGUCUCUUGUUGAAUGUGGUUGUGUUGAAGGCUUUCGCCUAGACUCCAAUCGUGUUUCCUGUCUUCCAGUAGAUCCAUUAGCGUCAUACCUUUUGAUAACCACCAGUGCUGGUAUUCAGCAGUCAUUUGUGGAAUCGAAGGGCGAGAGCCACUUCUUGUACAGUAGCAACACUCUUACUGUGGCUGUGGAUUUCCUUUUGAACGGCCCCAAGACAACAGUAUUUUGGAGUGACAUAAACACGGAUAAAAUCAACGCAGGGGAAGUUGUGGAAGGAAGAUUGAAAGAUGUGCGCUCCGUCGUAACGGGUGGCCUUGAGUCAGUGGAGGGCCUGGCCGUGGACUGGAUUGCGUGCAAUCUCUACUGGGUGGAGAGCAGGCACCAAGAAAUAGAGGUUUCGAGGUGUGAUGGUUCCAUGCGGGCAUCUGUAGUCGGCGAUGUCCGCCGCCCUAGAGCCUUGGCGCUGGAUCCGCGAGUAGGGUUCCUCUUUUGGACUGACUGGGAUGAUGAAAACCCACGAAUUGAGCGAAGCUACCUGGAUGGCAGCUCAAGAAAGGUGAUAGUUAAUGUGGAGGAGUACAGUAACCUGCCAGAAUCUUUGCCCAAUGGAAUCACGCUGGAUUAUGCUGUCAAGAGAGUCUAUUGGAUUGACGCUGGGUCUGGGUCAAUCCACACUGUUAAAUAUGAUGGGACAGACCACAAGAAAAUACUUCAUUUGUCCACAUUUUCCAAGCCUUUUUCGAUGGAUGUGUUUGGCGAUUACUUUUAUUGGACAGACAUUACGUUUUCUAGUAUAUAUAAGGCACAUCGGUUUUCAUUGAAUGCAACUCAGAAGGUGGUUCUCCAUUCCAGUAAUACACUCUAUCAGGCUGCUAUUGUUCAUCCUUCUAGACAUCCCACAUACAACACAACAAAUUAUUGUGCCUACAACAAUGGCUUCUGCAGUCACCUAUGUGUUAUGGGAGAUGGUCGGCCUUUGUGUAUGUGUCCAUAUGGCCUGCAACUUGGUCCUGACAAGCGGACUUGUAAAGAUCAUGGACCACUGAUUCUUUAUCAAACGAAGAAGACAAAUAUUGUCUAUUUCGCCUUCACCAGUGAUCCGUCUCGGUGGAUUUAUCCUCCUGUGAAGCUACAUGCAACUGCAUUUGCCUUAACCUAUGAUAGCCGAAAUGAAAUUUUGUACUGGAUUGAAGGGAGAACGAUAAAAAGGCACAUGCUCAAGACCUACACUACAGAAAUAUUUGCAAAAUUUGGGUCCUUGGUGAAGUUGACUGCACUAUCGCUCGACUGCUUAUCUGGCAACCUGUACGUAGGAAACUCUGUGCAGCUCAACAGCGAAAUUCGCAGCCAGAUCUCUGUGUGUGCAACAGGCGGACGGUACUGCAGCAAUCUCAUCUGGGAUUCUGUGCGACAUGUCAGUGGUCUUGCAGUGGACGCUGUGAACAGACUUAUUUUGUGGAUGGAGCGAGAACGUGCAGCAGCUGACCAGGAUUUAAUGACAGUUAAAGCUGCACACCUGAACGGCUCUGUUACAUGGACGUUGCAUACAUGGACCUGUCCCAAAAAUGCUGCAAUGAAAGGUUUUGAUGUGAACCCUUUGCGAGAGGAAGUGUGCUGGAGUGAUGCAAAUAGAGGUGCCAUUAUGUGCGUCAGUUAUGGCACUACAACCAAUUUUUCUGAGAUAGUCCUUGCCAGUGGUGGCAGCCAAGGCCACUUGCUUUUUACGGUUGACAAGGAGAAGUUGCUGUACAGCCCUGGAAAUGGCAGCUUAUACUCGGUCACCUAUGGUUCCCGCAAUGCUCCACACCUAGUUUGGAAUGGCUCAGAGCCAUUGGGCUACUUGAAGCAUACUAGUGCUGACGACUUUCCUGAACAUCGAACCUCAAGACACCCGUGCCAGCAGUUGUUGGUGCCUUGCAAAGGAAUCUGCCUCCCUGAAGAAAAUGGCCACAGAUGCUUGCCUGUUGGAGGUUCAGACACCCUUUUGGUGUUUCUCCAGAAUCAUAGGACUGUAGUUUACCCUGUUGGGUCAGAUCCUACUGUGCCACCGCUACUCUUGCAAGCAGAAUUCAGUGAGAUGCCCCUAGAUUCAAUUCACGUUCUCUCUGCUGAAGAAGCAGUAGUGUUCUCGAGCCGUGAACGACUGUAUCGGGCCCGCAUUGAUGGUUAUAAUGUUACUCCUGUGGCAACAUUGAACAACACCAGAGUCACUGCACUGGCUGCUGAUGCAUCUUCAGGUCUUUUGUAUAGAGCUGUGUUUAGCAGUCAUGGUGCUCGGAUUGAGUCUUUCUUCUUGAAUGGAACUGGUGUCACCGUCCUGGUGGAUACUGACCUUCACAGGGUCAAUGCUUUAGCAAUACACCCUUCUAGAAAACUUCUGUUUUGGAGUGAUGCUGGUGAAUGGCCGCGUAUUGAACGCUUUGAUUUAGAGACAAAGGAGCGGCAGACCAUCGUUCACGAAGAGUUGUUUCAAGUGUCUGAUCUGACGUUGGACUUGGAGCGUGAUCUAGUGUACUGGUGCGAUUUGGGCACGGCUCGCAUUGAGCAAGCACACCUGGAUGGCACUGGACGCACCAGAAUAGGCCUCAACAAGGGUCCCAAUCGCCACUAUUCCCCAGUUUCUGUGGCAGUCUUCCAGUCUGUGCUUUUUUGGAUUGAUAGCACCUACUCGGGUGGCUCUUUGGUAAUGUUUGUCAAAAACCGGCAUCCUCAGACCUCAACAUGGAGUCGGUUUCUUGGUCCAAAUAUGUCUCAUCUGCAACUUUACAAUAGGCACAUGCUCCCAUAUGUAAAUGAGUCAAGGGAUAUGUACAGCUCUAACCUAAACCCUAUGUCAUGCCGUGGUUUCUGCUACAACGGUGGGACCUGUUUAGCCAUUGAGGACGGCCCUGGUGGACCCACUUGCCAGUGUACUGCCAAUUUUACAGGGCCACGGUGCCAGUUCUAUGCAGCAUACAUCUACAACCCACCUUUCUCUGAUGAGGAACCAGCUGAUGUGAAGAUAAUAGUGAUUCCAGUGGCUGUGCUGCUUUCUGCAUUCCUGCUGAUGCUGGUGGUUGCUUGGGUGAAAAGGAGGCGCGCUUGGCAGUCCACUGCAGUCUCCCUCUCUUCUGAAGAGGCCAAUCCAGCCUUAGCAGCACGCAUGAUUGAUAGCCAGUAUGAAACUUCUUUCUCUGAUAAUGUGUUGUUGAUGGGGACUAACCUGGCUUUUGAAGACACCGAGCCAAGCCCUGGAAAUGGCAACGUGUUCAAUGGCCUUGAAUCAUUGCCCAGAAAGCCCUUGGCAACAAUUUUAAAGGGCACAUGGCAACAUAUAGUGUGAUCAUCCUCAUUGCCAUUGUGUUGUAGCAUCAAAGUUUCUGGGCUGCAGCUUUUGGACUGCUGUUGCAUUUCUACAAGCUUAAAUGGUCGUUUCUUACUUCAGUGAAUCAUUUAGUAUGGUUGCUUCAUUAAUUUGCCAUUUUUUGCUGUUCCUUUUACAACGACAGAGUCACAUACAAACAAGGUACAUGAAAAUGACAACGCUGUCGAAAGUUUUUAUUUUUUUUUAAAUGUGAGCAAGCGGUUUGCAUAUGGGACGUGUAACUGUCACUAUGACCAUGCCACCUUUUUUUUUUUCUGGCUGCGGCAAGAUGAGGGGGAAAAGGCCAUUAAGCCGAUUUGGGGUUACAAUGUGAUUUUUCUGUAUUCCAACGCAUCUGUUGUUUUUAGCUGCUGUUACUAAAGGAUAAGUGCAACAAGGCAUAUAUUCCAUAGCACAGCAUAUCAGAGUGAAAAUGGGAGAGUGCAGGUGCAAAGCUAACUUUUCCAGUGGAGAAAGGCCAUGUUCACGUUGACUUAAGGCAACCGUAAGAGCGAGGCAAGCUUGUUGUUAACGUGCCCCCACUCGAGAAGGUGAUCUUUAUAUGAACGCUAAGCAGCGACCAUCACUAAUUGCCCUCUUUUCUACAUGUGUCAGCGCUGGUCACUUUUUGUAAUCUCUUCAUACUGCAUUUGAUUUAAACCAGGCUUGUGCACGUACCAGGGUUGUUUGCUUUAUGUAUUGGUACUGGUGGGCCGAGGCAAGAUGAAGAUGCACAUUAAUAUUCCAUUCUGAAUUCAUACACUCGAAAUCGGACUGCCAGGUGAUGGCAUGUAUAAGCUGUGCACUUCGCAAUUUUAAACUUGCCUAAUAAUAUGACAGGUACUUAUUUACAGGAGUUGACAGCAACACAUUUCAGUUAUUUUUAAGCCUGUAUUCUGUCUAGAGAACAGCCCGGCAUUACUUCAUUUGAGGGAAUGAAGUGCCUGUUAGAAUGUGUACAUCGAUUGUGUGGACGCAUGCACACUUUUCAGAGUGCGAAAGAUGCACACAAUUGCUCAUAGCUCACUUGCACUGAUGUAGAUCUCACCCUUGUUUUGUGGCUUCACGCAUAGGGUGCAAGCAUAUUCAUCUUCUGCAUUCUGAAAACGUGUGGGUUUCUGUAGAUGGUGCAGCCAUUCACGGACGACAUACAACUUUACUGUUAUGUACUUAAACAUCUGUGUUGAGUAGACAGUAUUUUUUAAAUAGAUUAGUUGCAAAGACAGAAGGCCAAAGCUAAGAAUUUUGUGUACCUAACUGCCUGUGGAAAGUCUGAAUUAUAUGUGCUUAAAUCAGUUCAUAUUGUGAAAGCUUGUGCAGGAUGUCCAAAAUUAUCCAUAUAAGCUAUCUUUAUGCAUAAUGGUGAAAUAAGUGAUAAGCUUUUAUACAAGAUUGCCUGCACAAAGAAAUGUCAAGCAGUGCUAGAAUUGAAAAUUGUGUGGGUCACCCAUGUGUACAGUUGCAAUUUUAAUUAUUCCGGUGCAUAUACUAAGACACCUGUUAUUAUUUUUUAAUUAAAAUUUUAUUUGCAGCUUAUUAGAGAUGUCUGUGGCAAGACAUGAAUGCAAGCAGUGAUUAGGGUUUCUUGCCAAGUUUGUUGCUGCUCAUGUGAUGUGCAUUAUUAAGCAGUUCAAAAAAGCUGCAAUUGCAUUUAGUGGUAACAAGCAUUUUGUGUUUUCUAUGUUAUGGAAGCAGCAUGGUCAUGUAUAGCGUCUCCGAAUUGGAGAAAACAAAAGCAGAAGAAACGAGAGUGCCAAGGCUUGUCAUGACCAGCAAGAAUCUGCAUUUUAAGUGAUGCAGCUAAAGGGUGAAUUGUGGUGUCUCAACAAUGUGUGAGAAAUGAGGGCAUUAAUUCUGCCAUGAAUCUACUACCUGAUAUUUAUUAUUUACCAGCUUAUGCCAGUCAAUGUUUGGUCAUUUUUGGGCAAUUCAAGCCCUGACAAAUGCGAACACUCAUUCCAAGAAAGAAUAGUGGAUUUUGUGCUUUUGUCAGGCCUUGACAACUUGCAUUUUUUGAGCUUUCAUUUUUGUAGAUCUGUUGUAUACAAAAUAGUGUUCCUCUAGUACCUUGUUUUAUUCCUGCAUCCCUGACCCUGCCUUUUCAGUUCCAAAAUGUUGCAGAGAUAUGGCAAAUCAGAGUUCUAGACAUCUUUUUUGUUGUAGCUAUUGUACUGGGAGCUUUAUUGAUUAGCUUGUUGUGUAAUUUCAAAUUAUUUCCACAGAAAUAUACCCUCUGCAGAAAACA